UUCUAUCGCUCCAGGGGAAGAAGGGGAACUGAAGAAAGAUGGUUGGGGGCCGUAUCAUCAGGCUGUUGGUCCACGACGUGCGUUUUCCAACCUCUUUUGGAGGCCACGGGUCCGAUGCCAUGCACACUGAUCCGGACUAUUCUGCUGCCUAUGUCGUAAUAGAGACAGAUGCAAAGGAUGGACUCAAGGGGUACGGAAUCACCUUUACUUUGGGCAAAGGUACUGAAGUUGUUGUCUGUGCCAUAAAUGCACUUUCCCAUCAUGUGCUUAAUAAGGACCUCGGAGAAAUUGUCAGAAACUUCAGAGGAUUCUACAGGCAACUCACUAGUGAUGGACAGCUCAGAUGGAUUGGUCCAGAGAAAGGUGUAGUACAUUUGGCUACAGCAGCCAUUUUGAAUGCCUUGUGGGAUUUGUGGGCCAAGCAGGAAGGAAAGCCCCUUUGGAAAUUACUUGUCGACAUGGACCCCAAGCAGCUAUUGUCCUGCAUAGAUUUCAGGUACAUCACAGAUGCCUUAACUGAAGAGGAAGCCUAUGAAAUACUACAGAAGGGAAGCAUUGGCAAAAAAGAAAGAGAAAAGCAGAUGCUGGAGUGUGGCUACCCUGCAUAUACUACAUCCUGUGCCUGGCUGGGUUAUUCUGACCAGCAGUUAAAGCAGUUAUGCAGUGAAGCUCUAAAGGAGGGCUGGACAAGGUUUAAAGUAAAAGUUGGUGCUGAUCUUGAAGAUGAUAUUCGUAGAUGCAGGCUUAUAAGAGACCUGAUUGGGCCUGAAAAAACUUUGAUGGUGGAUGCCAACCAGCGAUGGGAUGUGCCAGAAGCAGUAGAGUGGAUGUUAAAGUUGGCUGAAUUUAAGCCACUGUGGAUUGAGGAGCCAACUUCCCCUGAUGAUAUUCUUGGACAUGCUACCAUCUCUAAGGCCUUGGCCCCAUUAGGAAUUGGUGUUGCAACAGGAGAACAGUGCCACAAUAGAGUGAUAUUUAAACAGCUCCUACAGGCUGAUGCCCUACAGUUUCUCCAGAUUGACAGCUGCAGACUGGGAAGUGUCAAUGAAAAUCUCUCUGUGUUACUGAUGGCCAAAAAAUUUCAAAUUCCUGUUUGCCCCCAUGCUGGAGGAGUUGGUCUUUGUGAAUUGGUACAGCACUUAAUAGUAUUUGACUAUAUUUCAAUAUCUGGAAGCCUUGAAAACAGGAUGUGUGAAUAUGUAGAUCAUCUGCACGAACACUUUAAAUAUCCUGUGGUGAUCAAAAAAGCCUCCUACAUGCCUCCUAAGAGCAGCCUGCAGACACUGAGAAGGAUGCCGGUUAUUCCACAGAAAUGAAGGAAGAGUCUGUAAAGGAGUACCAGUUUCCAGAGGGCAAAAUUUGGCAGAAACUCAUGACUGCUCAGAAAAAUUAAUUUCUCAACCUUACUAUGGCUUUUUAUUCUCAAACUGAUGAAUUUUUAUUGGGGGGAGAGGGAAGGGGAGCUUGCCUGAUUUGACAAUAAUCUUAUCCAAAUCACUGUCAAGAUUUAACCAUUUAGAUGUCCUUGAAAGUCUCAAGCCUCACUCUCAAAUGAUCUGAGCCAUACACACUGAUUAAUUUCUUAAAAGUCAAUGAUCAUGAUGAAUGCUAAUGUGUCCAUGUAGUAUGGGCACAUUUUAAGAAAUAUAUUAUCUGCCAGAAUGUUUGCUGUCAUUCUUUUCUUUGCUGUUUCUACAAAUGUUACAAUAAAAAAAACAAAGAGCC